AUUAUCUGAGUCUUAACUAUUUCCUUUGCCUUUUGCAUGGUUUGUCCCUAGCGAGGCUACAUAGUUCACAGCGUUGUUUCCAUAGAGACUGAAGUAUCUCCCAGACGCGAACGGAUCUUUUUCUGAAUGCUAGCAAAUGUUAAACUAGCGUUCACGUGCUAAACAGCAUAUUAUUUAGAUAAACAACAAGUACUGGAAUUGCCGAUUAUAACAGCAACUAAAGAUAACUUUCAAGUGGUUAAAUGUAAAAAGUUAAGUGAGAAAACGAGUCGCUGGCCAUGACGGGUGCUAAUGAGAUAUAUGACACAAUCAUGCGGGAGCUGAAUAAUCUAGUCCUCUCAGAUACAGAUGAAACUAAAGAAGAGCAGGAGAGUUUUUCACUUCUGGAUGAGGCGGACUUCGAUGAUAUUCCACCAUCUCUGCUCAGCUACUUUGAAACCUCAAGAAGCAGAGCAGCAGUUUGUGAAAAGCUCAUCCUUGAGGAAUUUGAAGACUUUGAAUCACAUCACACGGAGGACAUGAUGAAUGUUCCUAUUCACCUUGGUAAUGACAUGAUGAAAAUUAAUGAGCAGGUCGCUUGUGACACACAAAAUGAGGACAAUGAAACUUCCACCUACACCUGCCUUCUUCCUGCACCCACAGAGACCAUGGCUCCUUUCAUUCACAAUGUGUCAGUGUGUCCCAGCAAUGAAGAUGAAGCUGGAACAGAUGAAUAUAUGGAGAGUGAGAAGCAUGUGGCAUUUGAAAUGAGGACCCUUGAGAUUUCACUGAAUGAAGAGGAGAGGAAGAAAAGCAGUGAAUACGAGGCAGAGCGGGAGAAAUGGCACUGUGAGGAGAUGAAGAAGAUGGAGCAAAAGAGACAAAUAGAAAGAGACUUCCAGAAAGAGCUGAAGAAGAUAAUGGAGGCCGAAAAGCUCCAUCAGAAGGAACUUGAGUUGAUGCAGAAGAAGGCACAGGAAAAACUUGAACAGGAGAUGCUUCUUCAGCAGGAACUGAUCCGGAAUUUACGGAGACGAGUUGAAGAAGAGAGGAAGAUGAGGGAAGAGGAGCAGAAGAGAAUGAAGGACAAGGAGGACAAGAGGAAAAGGGAAGAGGAGACAGAAAGGAGCAGAAUGGAGGAAGAGAGAAGGAGGAAGAAAGAGGAAGAGAGACAAAUGGAAUGCAUGACACUGAAAAAUGAGGAAGAGGAAAAGAGGAUAAUAGACAGGAAGGAAAAGAGGAAGAGAGAAGAGGAAAGAAACAAGAUAGAUUUGGAAAAGAAGAAGCUGGACGAUGAGAUGAGAAUGAUGAAGCAGGAAGAAGAGAGGAAAAUGAAAGAAGAGAUGGAAAGGUUAAAGAAGGAGGAGGAAAGGAAAAGAGAGGAGGAAAGAAAAAUUAUAGAAGAGUCAAGGAAGAAGCUGGAGAAAGAGAAGACAAAAGUGGAAGAAGAAAUGAUCCUGAAGAAGGAAGAGGCGAAGCAAAAGAAGGAGGAGAGAAAAAAGAGAGAAGAGGAAAAUAUGAGAAUAGAGGAAGAGGGGGGAAUAACCGAGGUGAUUUUGGAGAGGAAGAAGCAGGUGGAGAUGAGGAAAAAUAAAGAGGAGGAGGAUGCUGAUGAUAGAAAGAAGAUAUAUAAAGAGAUGAGGAAGAGGGAUAUAAAAGAACAUGGAAAUGUAGAUGAAGAACUUGAGGAGAAGAAAAAGAAGCAAGAAAGUGAGAGGAAAAAGAGCGAGGAGGAGGAGGAAGAGGAGGAGAAGGAGGAGGAGGAGGAGGAGGAGGAGAACAAAGAUGGCAGGAAGAGAGAAAAGGAAAGAAAAAAGAUGGAGGAGAAAACAGAGGUGAAGGAAGUGGUAAGAAAAAGGGAAGGGAAACAUAAACAAAUGAACGAAGAACUAAGAUCUAUUGAAGAGGAUGAGAAGAGGAAAAAUGAAGACAAAAGGAAAACCAAAGAGGGAAAUCAGAGGAGGAGGCAGGAGGAAGAGAUGAUGAAACAGAAGGACGAAGAGCAUUACAGAAAAUCAGAAGAAGAAAUAAGGGUCAAGGAAGAGAGGGAGGGGUAUAAAGGGUGUGGUGUGGACAACCGAAAGAUGGAACACGAGAGCAAAGCAAACGAUAAAGAGAAGAAGCAGGAGGAGAAGAGAAAAAGGCAGGAGGAGAUAAUUAAAGUAGAGGCAGGAGAAAACAAAAAAGAGGGUAACAAAAAAAGAGAAGAAGAAAUAACAAUCAAAGAAAAGGAGGAGAGCACAAAGAGAUUGGUGCAUGAUAGGGAAAAGGAAGAAAGAGUGAUUAGAGAAAAUGAGUGGCAAGAGAAGAGAAAGAAAAGCAUGAUUGGUGAAAAUGAGAAAAAGAAUACAGAUAAAACUGAAACCUCCCUGGCCUCACAACUAGAAGACAGCCCCCCUUGGACUUCCUCAAGCCCUGGUUCUUUACACAGUGAGUCUACAGCCUGUCCCACCAGUACUGGGACCGUACCACACCAACAUGACCUAGACAAGAUCAGUCAGGCCUCCAUAGAUAAAACUGAAACCUCCCUGACCUCACAACUAGAAGACAGUCCCACCUGGACUUCCUCAAGCCCUGGUUUUUUACGCAGCGAGUCUACGAUCUGCACCACCAGUACUGGAAUCUUACCACAACAACAUAAUCUAGACAAGAUCAGUCAGGCCUCCAUAGAUAAAACGGUUGCCUGCGAAAAUCAAGCAGCAAGGCCUUCCGCUGUGUCUGUUUUUCUACCCAUGUGCCUCCCAGAGCACACAGAGCAGAAGAGGCUGUCAUGGAUGAACGACUGCAUCCCCUGGUCAAAACUCUGCCUUCAGAACAGGAGGAAACAAAAAGGAUCUGUGCAGAGUCGAAGAGGGCAGAGGAGGACUGCAGAGCCCAGCAGUCUGCCACCUCUCUGCCCAGACUCUCUGCUUCAGUCCACAGGCUCGAAAUCCCUGCAAGAGGUGACCACAGUAACCCUGGAGGACUUGCCUGGCUGUAACUUAUCCACUCUUGCUCAGUGUAUACAGCUUCGGUCCAUCACCCUCAGACGCUGUGGCCUCAAAUCCCUGGAAGGCAUCAACCAGUUACCACAGCUCUGCCACGUCGAUGUACAGGAAAAUGACAUCUCAUUUGUUGAAUGUGAAAAUAUGACUAAUUUACGAAUUCUUCGACUCGGCCACAACAAAAUGACGUCCAUUCGUGGUUUAACUGGUGCUGAAAAUUUGGACAUUCUAGACCUCUCACACAACUCCAUCACCCGCAUUGCUGGUCUGGAGUCUAUGAGGAGACUACAGAGGUUGUCAGUGGAUCACAACCAACUGAUCAGCACCAAAGGACUGAGGGAAGUGUACACUCUCCUCCACCUGAGCUGCUCACAUAACCACCUGGCAAGCGUGGAGGGUCUGGAGAACAGUGCUCUGCUCAACACACUGGACCUGAGAGCCAACAGUCUUACUGAGCCCCCCAGUCUGAACAACCAGGUCCUCCUCAGAGAGCUGCAUCUAGAUGACAACAGCAUCUCCUCCCUGACAGCACUCAGUGCUUGCUGGCUUCCCCAUAUGCAACAUCUCUCUGUGGCCCAAAACAGAAUUACCCAGCUGCCCUCCAUGUCUGAUUCUGUGUCCCUUGCAAAUCUGGAUCUUCGAUUCAACUGCAUAUCAGAGCUCCAGAACGUGUGUGAGAGUCUGCAAGGAUGUCACUUCUUACGCGAGGUCCACCUCACAGGGAAUCCGCUUCAGCAAGAGAGUGGCUGGAGAUCCACUCUUCAGAGAGCAGUGCCUGGCCUGAGGGCCAUCGAUAAGCAGGAGACAGACUCUUUUCUAUCGCCGCCUGCUGUUCAACAAGUCAGCUUGGCCAUAGGAAGCUUCCUAACAUUCUGUCAGGCUCAGCUUCAGCAGACUCAUGAUUUACAGCAGCAGCACAACAGGGAGCUCAGUAAUGCCUCAUCUUCCCUGGAUGCUGUAAAGACCUCCUGCCGACACUUCACUGAGGCUCUGCAGCUGGCUAAGGACCAGAGAUUUGCCCAUGAAUAUGGUGACACCACUGUGGCUGACAAAUGCAGGGCUGCAGGUCAAGCAACACCCAAAGAAACAAUCGACAUUGACAGUCCCAAUGCUGAAGAGGUUAUCGAGUGUCCAGAAAUAGAGUCCACUGGAAAAAUUCCACCAGUUAUUCCAGACAGGAACAAUAUCAAAUGCAGCUACUGGACUUUCGAAGGGAACUCAUCUGCAGAGAGUCAGCAUGAAACAUUCGACAAUGUUAGAACAGGUCCAAAGACAGGGCCAACGGUUAGCAAAGCUAACUCUGGCAGUGUUCACUCCUUAACAACAAAGGGAAAAACUAUUUCCUCCAAUCUUGAAAUGGCACCUGUGUCCAACCAUCAAGACCUGGACCUCCAAAACACAGCAGCAGUCGUGAUUCAGCAGCUGUGGAGGAAAUACAGACAGAAAUGUGGGAACAUCAGCAGCCCUUCCACAGCUGAGAAGGGAGGAGGAAGAGGAGGAAAGCCAGGACCUUCCUAUAUUAACAGGAGCCAAGAUUAUGCAGCAACUGUCAUCCAGGCAUUUUGGAGGGGCUUCACUCUGAGGAGGAGGCUCACAUCUGCUCUGGCUGCUGUCACAUGCCUGGACACCGUAGAGGACGACACCUUUGAGGAGGUGGACGUGAAUGAGUUUGUCUUUGAUGAGGCAUCCCUGGAGAAACACUGGACAUUGCCGCUUUCUGAGAAUUCUGCUCCCAGACGUUACCCCGGGUCAGAGCAGCCACUGUCUCUGAAGCCUCCUGGGUCCUUUCCUGAACCCUCCCAGUACAUAUCCCCACCACCACUUGUACGGGGGUCAAAACAGGCCUGGGUGGCUGGAGGACAGGUGGACUGUGCUUCUCCAGUGGGCUCCAUCAGAAGCAAAUAUCCUGCCUCAGCCUCAGUGGUCUGUGGUCUCUCUGAAAGAUCAGAAAAGAUUCUGGAAGAAUGGGGCUUCACUAACAGCCACACGGCUCUUUUAAUGCUCAAGAGAGCCCAGAAGAUGAAGUCAAAGAAGCAACAGGCGAAGAAACGGAGGGAUCCCAUUGUCCGUCUUGCCUUAUUCAAAAACUGCAGUUACCAUCUGUGUCCAGUGGAGGCACCGAACAGGCAAGCACAAUACAACAGAAAUCUUAUAAAAGCACACGCACUCUUCCAACCUCCCUCCAACCAAACUGAGAUCCAACUCCACCAAACAUCCGUCCUCAUGUCAGAGGGACACAAGGUUCGCGAGGUUGAGCUGGGCCUGCAGCAGGCAGAGAAGACGAAGCGAGCUCAGCAGUGGCUGCACACCCAGGCUGCUCACUCUGACAGGGACUCAGAGAGCGUGCAUUUCUUACCGGAGAUCAGCUCAGACAUUCUGAAUGGAGGCAGAGUGCAGCUUGUGGCGGACUCAGGAUACACAGAACCUCUACAUUACGCCAGUGGAUUGUGGGCCAACAACAGUUUAGCUGCCCAGUCUUGCAAAGACAACAGUUAUCCUCGCAGAAACACUUUGAAUCAUGCAAGCAAAGAGAUUCCAUCUCCUAAGCGAGUCACGUCUGCUCCGUCAAAAAAAGAGCGCAUCUCCUUCCGAGACAACCCUGUCCAGCUGAGCGGCGGCUGGGGAGGUGGCAAGAAGAGGGACAAAGUGUACAAGUAAAAUGCAAGCUAUUCUACAACCACAUCACGUUUUUCCCUGUCCUUAACUAACACCCAGAGCAACAUAAAGCCAGAUACAUUUUUAUAUAUCCCUACAAGGAAUGCAUCAAAAAACAAAAAUUAAAUCACCCAAUUUAAACUAAUAGAUUUCGGUCUCACAAGGCAAUUUUUCCAUCCAUGAAGACUCUUUAUUUUUAUUUAUAAUGCUGUUUUAUUGCCUGAACUGAAUCCCCCUGCAGCUGUUCUUUUUAAACUCAGCUGAAAACUUGAGCUCCCUCUCCUGAAAAUUAGAAGACCAAUAAGACCUGGACCAGCCCAAAUAUCUUCAGGCAGUUCCAUUAUGUUGAUUCUGCGCAGGUGUCACUGCCUGAACGUGAUCGUAGCUAACCAGCACCAAAACACAUGGACCAAAAUCACAAACCUUUAGAAAAUGGUACCCUUCAUAUGAAAAUGAUGGCAAGAAAUAAGAACCAGGACCUCCAAUACCUGUGGAUUCAUGUUGCUUAGGAUGUUGAACUUAUAGUUUGUAGCCAUGGGAAAAGACUUGUGUUUUCCACUUCUCCUGUGCUCUCUUAAGAGACUUCAAUAAAGCCCAGAGAUUUAAGUGCAA